AUGGGGAAAUCCAAGAAUGCAACCAAGGCUCUAACACAGGAGGAAAUCUGGGAUGAUUCGGCCCUUGUCCAGAGUUGGGACGAGGCGGUCGACGAGUACAAACUCUAUCACAGCAUCCAAGCUAAGGGGGAAAAUGUUGAGGAUGUUCUAAGAGAGGCCGAAGCCGCGGAAUUCACCCCGGACGAUGCACCGGGUCAAGAAGAUCCAGAUGACAAGGUCGCUGAUGUGCCCAUGGAGACGGAGAUCGCUGGCGAAGAGGCCGCUGCCGUCGGUGAUGUAACUGAGGCUGCGCAGCCGCCACUGAGAGAGGCUCCGAAGCCCUCCAAUGGAGAACAAAAUGCAUCAUUCGAAACGCAGCCAACCGGGGGCAAUUCGAUGGCUGGAGGAAAUUCGCUGGGAAUGGCCAUGCCUCAUGCAGCGAUAUCGCAAGUACAAGACGAAGGCCUGAAGAACCUCAUGAUGUCCUGGUACUUUGCAGGGUAUUAUACAGGCCUCUAUGAGGGACAGCAGCGGGCAAACCAGAAUAAAAGCUCAUGA